CUGCAGACCGGUGGGUAACACACCACCUCACCUCUUGCUCGCCGGUCUGCUUUCAACUCUGGAACCAACGCAACCAAUACUUUGAUUAAGCGGGUCGUUGUUUUACAGCCACAAGUGGCCCAUCAACAUGGUGUGGAUGCUGCAACACACCCUCACACUUUUACUAACUGUGCAGGUCAUAUACUCAACUCUGAUUCCUGUGAGGGCCGAGGAGGAGACCAGAGAGUGCAGAGAACUGGAGUACAAGGACCGGUUUGGAAACUGUAAACCCUGCAAGCAGUGUGAUGCAGGACAGGAGCUUUCAAAGGAAUGUGGCUUUGGUUAUGGAGAGGAUGCCCGGUGUGUGCCCUGCCGGAGCAGCCGCUUCAAAGAGGACCGAAGCCUGCAAAAGUGCAAGGCCUGCUUGGACUGUGGAUUCAUCAACCGCUUCCAGAAGGGCAACUGCUCCACAACCAGCAAUGCAGUGUGUGGCGACUGUCUGCCAGGAUAUUACAGGAAGACAAAAUUAAGUGGUUUCCAGGACAUGGAGUGUAUACCCUGUGGGGACCCUCCACCUCCUUAUGAGCCUCACUGCAGUGGGCGAGUAGACCUGGUGCCGCUUCCCUCGGUGGUGACCAGCCCGCAGGACAUGGCCCUGGCUGCAGUCAUCUGCAGCGCUCUGGCCACCGUGCUGCUUGCCCUGCUGGUCCUGUGUGUCAUCUACUGCAAGAGACAGCUGCUAGAGAAGAAGCCCAGCGCAGCCUCUCUGAGGUCCCAGGACUGUCCGUAUAGCGGAGCAGAGCUCUCCUGCUUGGACCCCCGCUGGCUUCACGACUUUCCCCAUAGACACUGCUGCCAGUGUCACCUGGGCCCCGGACACUCCUGCGGUCCAGUCCACCUUAUCCCAUCGCUGUGGUAUGAUGAAAGGUGCAGUCUGAGCCGCAGCCAUGACAACAGUCCCUUCCAGUCCCAGACGAGCCUCAGUGACGGGAACCGGGAUGAGGAGAGCACACCUGUGCAGCAGGGGGGACGCCCAGGGUUUGACACCGUGGAGGCCGGUGGGAUAACGAGGAGCUGGGAGCCUGCAGAGUGUUUGCCUCAGUGCAACUCGGAAUGUACAGAAAGAAUGGAGGAGGAUUGUGAGGGGGACAGAGAAGAAGAAGGGUGCAGGUCAAGGGAGAGUUCACCUGAGAGGAGCAGGCAGAUCCCCAGUGAAGCUGUGACAGAAGCACUUCAUCCCAAACAGCUCACGUCAACUCAGUUAGGAUGACAUGGACUUGUUUGGCUCGUGUUCCACCCUUGAACCAGCCUGGACUCAACAACAGCCGCAGCCAGAUCCCGUUUCAGAUUACUCACACCUGCCAUUCCCCCUACCACUCCCCCACACACACACACACUUUUAACUGCCUGCAGCUGACCUCAGAGCCACUGCUCAAAGAAAGAAUCUGAACGAGUAUGUUCAUACAUGUAAACAAUAGCACUAUGGAGAAUACUCAAAGCAUGAGGGCAAAUGCACGCACGCACGCACGCGCACACA